AUGCCUUCCGGUUCUUCCUACUAUGGCGGGUCGUCCUCUGGCUCUAGCUCCUCUUCUUCCCGCGAGUACACAUCCAAAGACUAUGACCGCCUGGCGACUGCUGUGACCGCAGCUGCGAAAGGCGAGUAUGGGACUUAUGGCGGCACCGUUCGUGACUCUAACGGAAACUAUGGACGACGAGGCGCAAUCUCCGAAUCGGACAGCCCCUAUCACUAUUCUACUCGCAAGAGUUCCCGGGAUCCCUGA